UUUUGUUUUGAAGUGAAGAUAAGAUAGUAAAUGGCAAUGAGAGAAGGGAGCGAUUGGUAAUUUGAGAGUGGAAAGAGUCAUAAUUGAAAACCUGAAGUGAACAUUCCCAAGACCCAAGAGCAGGAAGCAUUAAAAAAGAAUCAAUCCACAGAACACAGAUCGACCCAUUCUCUAUCCCUUCUAUUCCAUGGCGGUGUCGGAUACCGUAGUCAGCAACCUCACGCUGCUCUACGUCGCAGUCAUCGUCUGCAUCAAGGCCUACGCCUUCGCCUGCGGCCGCACCUUCACCGGCGCCUUCGUCCUCGCCGCCUCCACCGCCGCCGUCGCUCUCAUUCUCCUCGCCACGCUCACCUGGGACGUCUCUCGCAAGGCCACCUACGCCUUCGCCGCCGCCGAUCACCCUCCGCCGCCCCCCCACGCCCACGACGCCUGCAAGGGCGGCAUCUGCUGGCACGGCGUCGCCGUCCGCUCGCCGGCGUCGCAGGUUUGGGGUUUGCUGCUUUAGAGAGAAGGAAGGGGGAUGUUGCUUACAAUGAUGUGAUGUAAAGCGAGGUUAGAGAGAAAAGGGGGAGUUGGUGAAGGUGGACUAAUGUGUGUGGUGUUUUAUGGAGAAAUAGAUUUUUGGCCAAAUUAUAAUUAAUUUAACCGAAAAUUCCUUCUGUUUUUUUUUUAA